AGAGAAAUCAAGAAAUCUUUUCAGAUCCCCGAUUUCUUAAACCCUAAAUCACAAAAUGGCAACAAAAAAUCCAUCGAAAACCCUAGUGAAUCUCUUCAGAUUUCAUCGAUCUUUGAGUACAUCCUCCUCAUCAUCACCUCAAUCUCAAAAGCUUAUUGUGAAAACUCAGGCAUUCUCAUCGCCAUCUGAUUCAUCAUCAUCAGCAUCGAAAGGUUUGAUUAGAUUACCUGAAAGAAGGAAAGUGUAUACAGUAAACAGAUCACCACAUAUUGAUAAGAAAUCAAGAGAACAAUUUGAGAUGAGAAUUAAGAGUCAAUAUCAGGUUAUUAAAGUAUCACCAGGCGAAUUGCAGAAUAAGUAUUUUUGGUUGAAGAGACAGCGGUUGUCUGGUGCUCAGUUUGAGCUUCAGUUUAAUACUAAGACUCGCCUGGAUCUUAAACGGUUGUCAAAGGUGGUGGCUCAGGAGUCACCUCAAGAGUAGAGAGAGUGCAGAGAACUGGACUUGCUAGGCUGCAGUAGAAUGAGCUAAACAGAACAGUAUUCAAGAAGUGUUCUUGCUAGAGACGAUUGGAACGUGACUCAUGGAGCUAAUAUUGUGGGCAGGUGAAGUCAAGUGAUUCUGGACGUAGUUUUUUAUCUUGUAGCAAAAUAGUGAGUUAUCGAGGUUAAGUAUAUUGGUAGAGCAUGUAAAUGGCAGACUCCAUAGCCAAAGAAUCUAGGCAAUAGUAUGAUAGUUGGUUAAAUAACACCACGCCUUUCUCUGUGGUUGUGAAUUUUGAUAUCUGACCUGUGGAUAUCAGUGAAGCCUACGAUAAAUUUUUGACAAAUUUUUGAUUCACUGGAAGAAAUCCUGCAGUUUGUACUUGCUUUUUCUUAAAAUAAAUCAAUUAUGCUAACAAAU